AUGUCCAAAGAAUUGACCGCUGUUACAGUGAAAGAAGAGGAAGACGUUUCAGUGAAAGAAGAGGAAGAUGCGUUCAGAGUGAAAGAGGAGGAGGAGACAGAAGGAGAGAGAUGUGACCAUCGUGGAUCCUCUGGGGAGCCUCAACAACAUCGUGAAGCUGACGAGGCAGAGAAGAGUCUCUCCACAUCAGGACACCUCAAGAAACACCAUCAGAGACCCACAGGAAAGAAACCUCACUGCUGCUCUGACUGUGGGAAACGUUUUAAAUCUUCAUCAGAAUUGAAAAAACACAAGCGAGUACACACAGGAGAGAAACCUUAUAGCUGUAAUCAAUGUGGGAAGAGUUUUACUCAGUCAAGCCACCUGGUAUCACACCAGAGAACACACACAGGAGAGAAACCUUACAGCUGUGAUCAAUGUGGCAAGAGUUUUACUCAGUCAAGUAGCCUGGUAUCACACCAGAGAACACAUACAGGAGAGCAGCCAUAUAGCUGUGAUCAGUGUGGCAAGGGUUUUACUCUGUCAACCAACCUGGUAUCACACCAGAGAACACACACAGGAGAGCAGCCAUAUAGCUGUGAUGUAUGUGCGGAUAGUUUUACUACAUCAAGCCAGCUGGUAGUACACCAGCGAGUACACACAGGAGAGAAACCUUAUAGCUGUAAUCAGUGUGGGAAGAGUUUUACUCAGUCAAACAGCCUGAAAUCACACCAGAGAACCCACACUGGAGAGAAACCUUAUAGCUGUGAUCAAUGUGACAAGAGAUACUCUCAUUCAAGUGGUCUGAUUAAACAUCAUAAAAUACAUGCAGGAGAUCCACGGAGUGUGGAAUGACCUCCAACACCAGACCUGGGUAGUAGAACACAGAGUGUGGAAUGAUCUCCAACACCAGACCUGGGUAGUAGAACACAGAGUGUAGAAUGAUCUCCAACACCAGACCUGGGUAGUAGAACACAGAGUGUGGAAUGAUCUCCAACACCAGACCUGGGUAGUAGAACACAGAGUGUGGAAUGAUCUCCAACACCAGACCUGGGUAGUAGAACACAGAGUGUGGAAUGAUCUCCAACACCAGACCUGGGUAGUAGAACACAGAGUGUAGAAUGACCUCCAACACCAGACCUGGGUAAUAGAACACAGAGUGUAGAAUGACCUCCAACACCAGACCUGGGUAGUAGAACACAGAGUGUGGAAUGACCUCCAACACCAGACCUGGGUAAUAGAACACAGAGUGUGGAAUGACCUCCAACACUAGACCUAUAGUUGAAGUCGGAAGUUUACAUACACUUAGGUUGGAGUCAUUAAAACUCGUUUUUCAACCACUCCAUGAAUUUCGUUUUAAGAAAUUAUAUUUUUGGCAAGUCGGUUAGGACAUCUACUUUG